GUCAGGGUCUCCGGUCACGUGACACAUGCUCGCGGCCGGCCCCGCUUCCGGCCGCUCUAGCACAGUCGUCUCGGUGCUACCUGCGCCUCCCUGGUCUCGCUGGUGGACUCUGUCCCGCCUUCCUUUCCUCCUGCAGGAACAGUGGUGAGCCGACUCUGAAGUCCCCGAUCGCUAUCCAACCAACGUCUCAGCCUUGCUUCUCAGAAGUGUAGUCUGGAGCCCUACAGAGUCAGCGUCUCAGGCUCUCACCCAGACCAGUGAGGACACAUUUUAUUAAGACUCUCUUACCUCCAGAACACAUCUUGAGAAAAUGACCCAUUGGUUUCAUAGGAACCCAUUAAAAGCUACAGCUCCUGUGUCUUUUAACUACUAUGGCAUGAUCACUGGCCCUCCUGCUUCAAAGAUUUGCAAUGAUUUGAGAUCAUCCAGGACUCGGCUCCUCGAAUUGUUCACUGAUUUGAGCUGUAAUCCAGAAACAAUGAAGAAUGCAGCAGACUUGUAUUUUUCACUUUUACAAGGUUUCAUAAAUUCAUUGGGUGACUCUACCCAAGAAAGCAAAUUACGAUAUGUUCAGAGUUUCAAGUGGACUGAUACACUGCAAGGACAUGUUCCUAUUGCCCAGCAGGAUGCUGUUUUUGAAUUGAUUUCCAUGGGAUUUAAUGUAGCAUUAUGGUAUACCAAAUAUGCUUCAAGAUUGGCUGGAAAAGAAAACAUAACGGAAGAUGAAGCAAAGGAAGUCCAUCGAAGCCUAAAGAUUGCAGCUGGGAUUUUUAAACACUUAAAGGAAAGUCAUAUACCCAAACUUCUUACACCAGCAGAAAAGGGCCAGGACUUAGAGGCUCGACUCAUAGACGCUUACGUCAUCCAGUGCCAGGCUGAAGCUCAAGAAGUAACAAUCGCCCGAGCAAUUGAACUGAAGCACGCUCCGGGACUGAUCGCUGCGCUUGCCUAUGAAACAGCCAGCUUCUACCAGAAAGCAGAUCAUACUUUAUCCAGUUUGGAGCCUGCAUACUCUGCUAAAUGGAGGAAAUACCUGCACUUGAAGAUGUGCUUCUACACAGCCUAUGCAUACUGUUACCAUGGCCAGACUCUGUUGGCUAGUGAUAAAUGUGGAGAAGCAAUCCGGUCUCUCCAAGAAGCAGAAAAAUUGUACGCAGAGGCAGAAGCCCUGUGCAAAGAGUAUGGGGAAACCAAAGGACCAGGACCAACAGCCAAGCCAUCAGGACACUUGUUCUUUCGGAAGCUUGGAAGCCUUGUGAAGAACACUCUGGACAAAUGUCAGAGAGAGAAUGGGUUUAUUUACUUUCAAAAAAUCCCAACAGAAGCCCCACAGCUGGAACUCAAAGCAAACUAUGGGCUGGUAGAGCCUGUGCCUUUUGAAUUUCCACCUAUGAGUGCUCACUGGACACCGGAAGCGCUGGCUGCAUUUGAUCUCACCAAGAGACCCAAGGAUGAUAGUGUCAAACCCAAACCUGAAGAAGAAGUGAAACCUGUAAAGGAACCAAAUAUCAAACCUCAGAAGGACACUGGGUGUUCUGUCUCUUAAGAGUGUAAUACUUGCUUAAAAAUCUUGUUGCCAGUCCCUGUAAGCUGCGGUACUUCAGUUCACAUUUUCUGAUUUCUCUGAAGCCCAUAGGGUAAUUAUUAACUUGGGAGGGACUUGGCCUUUUGUUUAUUUAUUCUUGAUUUUUAAUGUAGAGGUGUUUCAUGCUUUUGUUUAUGGGCUCUGCUUUUUUUAAUCAGGACAACAUUGGGAAGGGUUGUUUUGUAUUUUAAUGAGUAUAUGUGGGGUUUGGGCCUUGUUGGAACUCUAGACAGCAAGUUUUGUGUUAGUGUUUUUCUACCUUCACAAAAAAAAAAAAAAAAAAAAAAGUUUAUUUUCCUUCUUGUUCAAUACCAGAAGAAUGUUUUAAAAAGAAGUGGGUUCACCUCAUCAUGACUUAUUAGGUGUGAGUCUAACUCAUCCUUCUGGUAGGAAAAGGAAAUCACAGUUAAAAGUCAGAAAACCUUCAGACCAAACUCCUUCCUUACACUUACCAGUCAAUAAUUUCCUAGAAAAUUGGUGUUUAAAAGAAUGUGGAACUUAAUUGAAAAUGAGCGGUGACAGGUCUGCAGUCUGUUGUCUGGCAAAAGCUUCCCUUACCUGCACAGUCCCAUGCACCCGUAGUCACCCCAGUACCUAGUGUUUUGUUUUGUUUUUACAAGUACCUUUUCUAAUGAAUUUUUUUACUUAAGGAACAAAGUUUUGUACUAGCAUUUGGUGUUUCCUUGUAGAGAGAGACAAAAAAGAAUGGAAGUGUGUUUUGAAGAAGUAAAACAUUGCAUGUUGUAAAGAAAGCCUUGGUAAACUCAACCGAGAUAGGUUGCCCUGGAUCACACUGAUGACGCCUUUGUUAAAAGUAUUUAAGAAAAUGCCUUUGGUUACCUGAUUUUGGUGUACAUGGUAUUCUUCGAUAUUUAGCCUAUAAGAGUUGUUUGGCUGUAGGCCAAGGCUGUAGCAGCAAAAGGUUAGGAGUCACAUCCCGCUGUAUGUAGUGUGUCCCUGCUUGGCUACUUGAUAGGAACAAUAGUGUACAUGAGAGCUUACUGUGUACCAGCCAGUGUGCAGGCACUUAGACAAACCACUGCACCCACAUAGCAACCCUGUGAGAAACUAACUCAUUAGUCACAUAAAGUAUUGAAACAAGAGAUGAAGAAUGAACAGAUGAUACCUUCAAUCAAGAUUGUAUUCAAUAAAUCAUAUACCAUAGUUUACACUGCUUUGAAAAGCUACAUAGAAUCAAUGAGUUUUUUUUUUAAAUAGAAAUGCUAGUUACAGCUUAUAAUAUCUAUUUAAUAUUUGAAGCUGCAGCAUCCAGAAUACUUGGAGAAACUACUGAAUGAGCAUUAAAUUUUAUUUUGCUGCCUGUAGAAAGAGAUACUAAAUUUCACCCUUAACACGGUCACUUGUCCUAAAUGUCAGUUACUGACAGAACUUUAACCAGUGCUUGCCCCUGCCCGUUUGCUCUGCCUGUGGAACUUCUUUUAGGCACUAUUGCUCAUUUACCUAAGGAGUGAGAUUUUUGUGGUCUGACAAAACUGCCACUCAUGAAAUGGAAACACUUAUGUCCAGUGCUUCUGUCCAGUGCAGUAAGUACAGGUGUUGAAAUCUACAGCAGGCAGUGUUGAUAUGGUCAGAUGAGAAGUCUUCUGUUGACUGAAGAGGUGACACCAGCUGCCUAACAUACCCCAUUAUAUAAGGUUGUGAAUCGACAUUGGGGAUUUGGCGAGAUCCCAAACAAGAAGCACUGGCCCAAAGGCUGCAGAGAGAUGGAACUGUGCAUGAGUGUUGCAUGUAUCUCAUACCGGGCAAGGACAGUUCACAUGCUACUUCUGCUUGUGUUUAUAGAAUGAUUUCUCUUUUUAUUUAUGAAAAUAAAAGCAGUUUUACUUA